AUGAAACUGUACAAAGCGCUUCUUUUCUUUCUGUUGCUCAGUGCUUUUGCUCUAGUAUUUGCACAAGAUGACCAAUCAGGCUUCAUCAGCUUAGAUUGUGGACUGCCCUUAAACUCGAAUUAUACAGAACCAAAAUCAAACCUGAAAUAUAUCUCAGACGAACCUUUCGUCACAACAGGCACCAGCCACAGCGUAGCUCUCGAGUACAAAGCCGGUAUUAAAGAAUACGUGAAAACCCUAAGAAGCUUUCCCGAAGGAGUUCGAAACUGCUACGCCAUAAACAUCACAAAGGGAACAAGGUACCUAAUCCUAGCAACAUUUUUUCAUGGGAAUUAUGACAACCAAAACACUGCGCCAGAGUUUGAUCUCCAUAUUGGAGCCAGCUUCUGGACCACAGUCACUAUUGGGAACGUGUCAAUUUUUCAACUCGAAGAGAUCAUUCAUAUUCCAUUGAGAGACUUGGUACAUGUUUGUCUUAUCAAUACUGGGUUAGGAACACCUUUCAUUUCAGCUUUGGAGUUAAGGCCCAUAUUGAGUAAUCAGAGGAUUUAUUAUAAUACCACAGCUCCAUCUGAGUCUUUGGCUCUGCUUUACCGCUUGGAUAUUGGUUCAAUCACUAAUCAACCAUACAGGUCAGUAUAGUAAUUUAUCGUAUAUACAAACAUUUUGUUAGUAUAAAUAAUAUAUUU